AUGAGUACGCUAUUUUCACAACAAGACCAAGUAUAUAUGCGUCAAGCCAUUGAGCUGGCAAAAAAAGCAAUUUAUUCUACCAAGCCAAACCCAAAUGUAGGGUGUGUUAUUGUAAAAAAUGGUGAAGUCAUUGGACAAGGGUUUCACCCAAAAGCUGGGCAACCUCAUGCAGAAUGUGCAGAAGCAUUGGUAAAAGCAGGUGUGAAACAAGUAUUUAUUGCCAAUACAGAUCCUAAUCCGCUUGUUGCAGGCAAAGGUAUUUCAAUUUUAGAAGCAGCAGGCAUACAAGUUAAUACAGGGCUUUGUGCAGAAGAAGCUAAAAUACUAAACGAAGGCUUCUUAAAAAAAAUGGCAACGGGAAUGCCAUACGUUAGACUAAAAGUAGCUUCAAGUUUAGAUGGCCGCACUGCUAUGGCUUCAGGUGAGUCAAAAUGGAUUACA